AUGGAGCAGUACGAGCAGCUGCGUCAUAUGAGACUACUGACCGCUGAGGAAGUUCGUGAGGACUCGGGGACGGUUUUUUACAUUCCUCACCACGACAUCUGGCAGAGCAGCGACGGAGGAAACAAACUGCGAGUGGUGUUUAACGCCUCCCGCGACACAUCGACGAGUCUCAGUCUCAAUGACUCACUCCAUUCGGGUCCGAAGCUACAAGGUCAUAUCGCGACGAUCAUCGCCCGCUGGCGGAGACACCGUUAUGUCUUCUGUGCCGAUGUCCAGAAGAUGUUCCGGCAGAUCUUGAUGGACGAGAGAGACGUCCAUCUGCAGCGCAUCGUCUGGAGUCCUUUGUGCGACCUGCCAUCUCGACACUUUGCUCUCCGAACUGUCACCUACGGCACGGCUUGCGCCCCUUAUCUCGCAUUGCGUACCAUGCAGCAACUCGGUGAGGACGAAGGACAUCGGAUUCCACUGGCCCGAGAGCUGCUUCAAAAGGAUCUCUAUAUGGAUGAUUUCCUUAGUGGCCGUCCCAACCUAGAGACAGCAAAGAGCCUCCGAGAUCAGCUUGUUGGUCUGCUCAGGGCGGGCGGCUUCCAUCUACGCAAGUGGGUGGCUAAUGAGCCCGGUCUUCUUGAAGACAUCCCCGCCGAAGACCGUCUGCGGCCAGACUGGGUUCGGCUCUCCACCGACGGGCUAGUGUGCGAGUUAGGAAUCAUCUGGGACCCAGUGACGGAUCACUUUAAGUUUCGCCCUGGGAUCGUCGAUCCACCUUCAAGUCUGACGAAGAGGACCGCGUUGGCAGAGCUCGCUGCUAUCUUUGACCCCGCAGGUUGGCUGACGCCGCUGACUCUAGUAGCUAAAAUUAUAAUCCAAGACCUCUGGAGAGCGAAGUACGAGUGGGACGAGAGACUCCCGGCCAGUUGGCUCGACCGAUGGCUGGCAUUUCGCACCAGCAUUCGAGAGGCUGCAGAUCUUUCGAUAGACCGCUAG